AUGUUAGAUGGGUUUAAUAGAAAGUUUUACAAAGCUUCCUGGUCCAUUGUGGGUGACAAUGUGGUUAGAGCUAUUCAUGAGUUUUUUUUUACUAAUGGUAAGCUGCUUAAGGCUUGGAACAUCAGUGCAGUUACUCUGAUUCCUAAAAUUGCUUGUCCUUCUCAUCCAGGUGACUUGUGCCCUAUCUCCUGCUAUCAUGUGCUUUUUAAGUGUAUUUCUAAGCUUAUUUGUUCUAGACUUAAGCUUGUUUUGGGCUCUAUUGUUAAUCAAGCUCAGGGGGCUUUUGUAGCCAAAAGAAGCAUUGAUUGUUAUGGCUUGUACUCUUCUACUAACUAUUCUUUGCUGAUUAAUGGUAGCCCGUUGGAAGCUUUUGAUGCUCAAAGGGGUCUUCGACAGGGGGACCCCAUGUCUCCGCUGUUGUUUGUUUUAGGCAUGGAAUAUUUGUCACGAAUUCUCACUCAUGCGAGUCUAACUGGUCCUUUCUCUUAUCACCCUAGGCACAAAUCUACAAAAUUGACGCAUUUGUGUUUUACAGACGAACUUAUGCUUUUUUGUAGAGCUAAUGCAAUAUCAUUAUCAGUGAUGGCAAAAUGCACUAAGAGGUUCUCUCAAUCUUCUGGGCUUAUUGCCAAUACUUUCAAAUUCACUAUCUACAAUGCUGGGGUGAGUCAGGAGAUGAAGCUUUAA